GAAUUAAUCCCAAAAAAAAAAAAAAAAAAAAGGCAUUUCCCUGUGAGGAAAAUGAACAAGGAUGCAACAUUUUCAGCUACUCUGUCCUUAACUCUAGUACUCUCUGUGCUCACCCCUGUUUCUCCAUAUCGUCUUCUUACCUGUUGUAACACUGACAAUCUCACAGCCACAAGCCAAUUUUACCAUAACCUCCAAAUCCUUCUUGAGUCUCUACCUUCUAAUACUUCACUCGCUAAUGGUUACUUUCACGACCAUAUUGGAGAUGGUAAUGACCGUGUCUACGGCCAAGCACUCUGCAGAGGAGAUGUCAAUCGCAAAGACUGUAUGAAAUGCCUCGAGAAUGCAACCCAACAAGUGAUGAACAUGUGCAAACGCUAUGAAGAUUCAAUCACCUGGUUUGAUCUCUGCCAGAUUCGUUACUCUUCCCGGAACUUCACUUCAAUGAUGGAAUAUGCCGGAAAGUAUCCACCGCAGAAUAGUCUGAGGAAAAGUGUAAAGAAUCCCAAUAAAUUUGGAGAGAAAUGGAUCUACUUGAUGGAUACCCUCUCAGUUGAGGCUGCAUUUAAAAACUCCAAGGCUAUGUUUGCAGCUGGUGAAAUUAGAGUCUCUGAGAAGGAAACCAUAUAUGGACUUGUACAGUGUACUAGAGACAUACCUCCAAAUCAGUGUAAAACUUGUUUGGACUCUGCCUUGGGAGAUCUAAAGACAUGUUGCUCUAAGCGUGAAGGUGGCACUGUAAUCAGUGCCAACUGUAAUGUGAGGUUCGAGCUUUCUCUCUUCCAUAACGCCUCAAAUCCACAGCUAACGUGGUCAGUUUCCAAAGAAAGGAAGUGGAAGAAAUGGAUCAUUGUGGUUGCUUGCGUACUAUCAGCAUUGGCGAUUCUAAUUGGGCUCGGUGUUGUCUAUGUUCGGAGGAAAAAGAGAUCAAGAAAAGAUGAAGUAAGAAGCCAGAGUGCAUUAUUACAUCAUGCUGCCAGUCCCACUAGAAAUGUUAAAACUAAUAGCUUUGCAUUGGUGAGUUAUGAGGAACUAACAGUCAUGAACUUAGCUACUAUAAGGGCUGCUACUGAUAACUUUUCUGAUUCAAACAAGCUUGGACAAGGUGGUUUUGGCUCUGUUUAUAAGGGUACUCUUCCGGAUGGGAAGGAAAUUGCCGUUAAGAGGCUGUCGAUGAAGUCGUGGCAGGGUUUCGAGGAAUUCAAGAACGAACUUGUACUGAUUGCAAAGCUUCAACACCGUAACCUGGUGAGGCUCUUGGGAUGUAGUAUGGAAGAAGAAGAGAAGCUGCUUAUUUACGAGUUCAUGCCCAACAAAAGCCUUGAUAAUUUUAUUUUUGAUUCAGAAAAACGGUCCAAACUUGAUUGGAAGACAUGCUAUAAUAUUAUCAGUGGGAUUGCUAGAGGGCUUCUUUAUCUUCAUGAAGACUCAAGGCUUAGAAUAAUCCACAGGGAUUUAAAGCCAAGCAAUGUGUUAUUGGACAGUGAGAUGGUCGCAAAAAUAUCAGAUUUCGGAAUGGCAAGAAUCUUCUGUGAUGACCAAAAUACUGUCAACACCCAAAGAGUCGUAGGAACAUACGGAUACAUGGCUCCAGAAUAUGCUAUGGAAGGAUUAUUCUCCACGAAAUCAGAUGUUUUCAGCUUUGGUGUGAUUUUGCUUGAGCUCAUUAGCGGAAAAAGAAACAAUGGCUCUUACCUUAAAGAACAUUCUCUGACACUCAUUAGAUAUGCAUGGAAACUGUGGAAAGAAGGAAAAGAGUUGGAAUUUUUAGACCCCUUGAUGCUGGAGUCAUACCCAAUUGACGAAGUUCUAAGAUGCAUGAAGAUUGGGCUUUUGUGUGUGCAGCAGGAUCCAAUAGAUAGACCCAACAUGUCGUCCGUCGUAGUUCUUUUAGCCAGUGGAGCAAUAAGUCUUCCUCAACCGAGACAACCUGCUUUUGCAAGGGCCCAAGUAGCACAAAUGGAUCACUCUUCAAUAACAACCCAAUCUGUAAAUGCCAGUCUUACAAAUUCUAGUAUAUCUACCAGUGUUUCACAAUGAUUAAGAUUAUUUCUAAACUUUGCUUUGCUGCUGACUGUUGUGGCUGGUCUAAUUGUAAGAGAAACGAAGUAUAAUUGUAAUAUACAGUUAAACUAGUUUGAAUAAAAACUAGAAAA